GUCCUAUGCUUAUAAGGGAGAGAUUGUCACUAUGGUUCAAAAAAAUUGUAUCAAUAUUCAACAUUAGAAGCUAGUUACAUUCAUAUACUGUUGCCACAUACUGUAACUGUGUUUAAACCCCUUAUAAAAGUGAUUUUUCCGUAACAGGUCCCCUUUAAAGCUUAACUAUCAACUGAUAACCUCUAGAUGACAUAAAAUUUGCCUAUUUCCUUUAAGUACCUUUAAUGCUACAACCUGUUUACUGCCAUUGUGAUAUCACAAAAUACAGCGCCCUCUGUUGUUCAAAAUUUGUAUUGUGAAUGAUUUACGUCCCAAACCAACCUAACUGGUCACAAUUGAAUUGAAUUUCACCCAGCUCUAUUGUUUCAACCAUCCAUGAUUUCUGCCACAAAAACCCCAUAACCAGCUUCAGAUGUUAGCAUUCGCCAUGUGAUUGCCGUGUGAAUGUAGAUCAGCGCAGUUAAUCAGAGCAGUGAGGUUAGCGAUGUGAUAUUUGUAUGUGUGUAUAUGUGUGUUGGCAGGGGGCUGAUGGUGUCUACAGGCGGGUAACUGUGCCUCACAUGAGUAAGAAAGAACAGAUUUGUCCCUGCUGCUAGCGCUGAUGAUAGCUAUCUCCAUGCAUCCAGACAGAUGGACCGUGUGUGUGUGUGUGUGUGUGUGUGUGUGUGUGUGUGUGUGUUUCCAUGCGCUUGUGUGUGUGUGUGUGCUCAGAAUGGAGACCACCACCACAGAAAAAGAUCCUUUGUGUGUGCAUCUGACUCGCUUUCUCUUUUGUCCUUAUCUAUUUAUCACUGAUGGGUUGAACUAUAAACACCGGAUGCUGGGUUAUCACUGUCUUUUGUACAUUUCUACCUUUUUCUCCUCCUGCAUUUGGAGUGGGAAGAGAGUUGAAGGCCUUCAAAUUUCUGUGCUUUCAUUGAAAAGCACAAUAGGCUGGAUAUUAGCAUUUGGGCCAAUCUCCUAAUGCAGUUAAAGAGGCUGCAGGGGAGUCAAACAGAAGGACGGGAGCUUCCAAUGAGCUUUUUUUUUUUCAUGUAGUUUUUUUUAACCUGAUUGUCAGAUAGGAUGGGGAUUGGAAAGAGUGAUGUUUUGAGGGUUCGUCCAGGUGAAGUGCCCAGUGAUUGAGGCAUGGUGCUGGAGUCUGACCUUACUGUCCUGCUCUCUCUUAUGCACAGUGAUUACAUCAUCGAGGAGAAGAACGCUAUGCUCCAGAAGAAGGAGAAUGAGGGAUUCGGCUUUGUCUUGCGAGGAGCAAAAGCGGAGACACCCAUUGAAGAGUUUACACCCACACCUGCCUUUCCUGCACUGCAGUACCUUGAGUCUGUGGAUGUCGAGGGCGUGGCCUGGAGGGCGGGGCUUAGAACUGGAGACUUCCUCAUUGAGGUGAAUGGUGUAAAUGUGGUAAAAGUGGGACACAAGCAGGUGGUGUCACUCAUCCGGCAGGGCGGGAACAGCCUCCUGAUGAAGGUGGCAUCAGUCACACGCAAGCCAGAGUCUGAGGAGACAGUCAGGAAAAAAGCGCCCCCGCCUCCUAAAAGAGCACCCAGCACCACCCUCACCCUGAGGUCCAAAAGCAUGACCGCUGAGCUCGAAGAACUGGCCUCUGCAAGGAGGAGGAGAGGAGAAAGGUUAGAUGAGAUUUUGGCCUCUCAGGAGACAGUACUGAGGCCAAAGGUGGAAGCAGACUAUAGAGCCGCCACGGUGAAGCAACGUCCUACCAGUCGCCGAAUUACACCAGCAGAAAUCAGUUCUCUUUUUGAGCGACAAGGACUUGCCCUUCAUGGUGCUCUUCACCCAGCGUUGGAAAAAGCCCACAUGCAGCUGCCGAAAAGCAUGGCUCGAACAAAGUCUUUUGGAGCCACCGAAGAGGAUCGACUGUCUGCCCUGGCAGCGGAGCACAGAUUUCCACGAAGCUCCUCCAUGACGGACAGCCUGAGAGACAGCCAUAGUAUCCCUCCACCUCCUCAGAUGGCUCCCCCACCUCCUCCAUCGCUUUACUAUCUAGAUACUGGACCCCCUCCUUCAUUCUGCCCACCCCCUCCCCCUGGCCGCCUUCACGACCCCAGCCGUUCCAGUUUUAAACCAGGCUCUGAGCCGAGACUACAUGCAUUGCCUCAGACAAUGUCUGCUGAGCUGUAUGAGCCGCCUCGCCAUGCCUCCCACAUGGAGAGGCAGAAGAAAGCCCGCUCCAUGAUCAUCCUGCAGGAUUCCUCCCACCUCCCUGUGGAGCCUACUGACAUCCCCAGGCCAGGUCCUGUCUCAACUCCGCCUGAGAGAAUCAAGCGGAAAGGCAGAAUCAUAGAUAACCCCUACGCCAAUGUGGGUCAGUUCAGCGUGGGUAUGUUCACGCCAACUCCCAGCAAGCCACAACGGAGGAAGAGCCCACUUGUUAAGCAACUGCAGGUGGAAGAUGCUCAGGAAAGAGCCUCACUAGCAUUGGCAUCCAUCCAUGCGAGGGAGCACUCUCCUUCUGGGCGCCUUGCUGCCCAGCACACCAGCAGGUCUGACUUCUUUCAUCAGCAGCAGCAGCUGUUGCAUGAACGCAGUCAAGCUCAUGCUGAAGGACUGUUGCAAGGAAAAGGACCUUUUGCUGCUGCCAUUGCUGAUGCUGUGAAGGACAGAGAACGUCGUCUGGAGGAGAGGCGGAAAUCUACAGUCUUCCUAUCAGUGGGAACUAUGGAGGGCAGUUCAGCACCACCCCCCGAGGCCCCCUCGCUCACACCAUCCCGUUCUGUUGAUGAACGAAUGCUCACUCGUGAACUCGGUCAAUUGCCUCCUCCCGCCUUGGCGUUACGUCCCUCACCUGGGGGCACCACCUUCAUUCACCCACUGACAGGUAAGCCCCUGGACCCCAACUCUCCAUUGGCACUUGCGCUGGCCGCAAGAGAACGGGCAUUAACUUCCCAGAGUCAGUCCCCCUCAAGCAGCCCUGAGCCCAGAACUAAACAUGAAACUGCUGGAGGGGUACUGUAUAUGGAGACCCAGACCAAAGAGGCUGAGCGGUCAGAGGGUGAGGGUGGGUUUGCUUCACCUCCCUUUUCUCCUGCAACAAAAAGAAUUUACGAGACCUCCGUCCCCACUAGCAAGAUUCAGUGGGGAAGUCCCAUAUCUACCAGGAAAGAGUUAGAAACAAGGACAGAAAGGAAGGAGGAGAGGAAAAUUGAGGACAAAAAGAGUAUGAUCAUCAGCAUCAUGGACACGUCUCAGCAGAAAACUGCUGGGCUUAUCAUGGUUCAUGCAACGAGUAAUGGGCAGGCUGUAGGGCCCAGUCCAGAGCGCAGUGUCCCUUCCCCUAAGGGGAUAUUGUCAGAAAGCCCCAAACCCAUGUUGGCCGAAAUUAAACGUGCAAAGUCCCCUGGUCCCGAAGCUCCUUCGAUAUCCACCCCACCACCCACCGCAGCUCCAACUUCCCAGCCCCCUCCCAGCCCAUCCUCAGACAAAACCUUGGCUCAGGGUAGUUCUGAGGAGGAUGCCGAACCCUAUACAGUCACCUUGCCACCUGCCAUGCUAUCCUCCAGUGACGAGGAGACAAGAGAGGAGCUUCGUAAAAUCGGUGUGGUUCCUCCGCCGGACGAAUUUUCAAAUGGCCUUCUUGCUAAGACUCCUGAAACUGCAGUACCUCCUGCUCCCACGUUGACGCAGACAACUCCUUCUACCUUGCCCUCAGCUCCACCCGCUCCACCACCCCCUGCUCCUUCAGCAGCGGUCGCUGCAGCAGCACAGGUCCCUGCUAGCAGUGGCCUGCAAGCAGCCUCAGGGAAGCCAUCUGAGUCCCACCUGGGCCCAGAGUCUGCUGCUGACUCCGGGGUGGAAGAGGUAGACACUCGUAGCUCCAGCGAUCACCACCUGGAGACCACGAGCACCAUCUCUACUGUCUCCAGCAUGUCCACACUGUCCUCGGAAAGCGGCGAGCCAACAGACACUUACACCACCCACGCAGAUGGCCAGACGUUCAUUCUUGAUAAGCCGCCAGUGCCUCCAAAGCCAAAGCUCAAGUCCCAGCUCAGCAAGGGCCCGGUGACGUUCAGGGACCCCCUGCUCAAGCAGUCAUCUGAUAGCGAACUGCUCUCACAGCAGCAUGCGGCUGCACUGGCUGCUGCUGCGGGAGCCUCAGGCCCGGCCAGACCCCGCUACCUCUUCCAGAGACGCUCUAAGUUGUGGGGGGACACAGUAGAACCCCGUCCGCUUUCGGGGGCAGAGGAAGGCAAGCCCACUGUGAUCAGCGAGCUCAGCUCCCGGCUGCAGCAGCUGAACAAGGACACACGCUCACUUGGGGAAGAGCCACUUGGAGCUUCACUUGACCCCGGACGAAAAUCCCCCGUGGUCGGUCCAAGACUCUUCAGCAGUUUGGGAGAGCUCCAUACUAUCUCUCAGAGAGGCUACGGCACCACCUACACCAUCAGACCAGGCAGCCGCUACCCAGUAACCCGCAGGACUCCCAGUCCCGGAUCCCCGGACCGCUCAGAUCCUCUAGGACCCAUCCGGGGUUUCGGCCUGGCCACGUCACCGAUCACACCGCCCACCAUCCUUAAGUCGUCCAGCCUCAGUCUCCCUCACGAACCGAAAGAAGUGCGUUUCGUCAUGAGGAGCUCCAGUGCACGGAGUCGCUCACCCUCGCCGGCCCCUUCGCCAGGCAUGACCUCCCCGCUUCUCACCCUGCGGCCGUUCCACCAGAAACCCCUUCAUCUGUGGAACAAGUACGACGUGGGAGACUGGCUGGCCAGCAUUAACCUGGCCGAACACCGGGAUCGUUUCCAGGAGCACGAGAUCGAGGGCUCCCAUCUGCCUGCUCUGACCAAGGAGGACUACGCUGAGCUGGGUGUGACACGUGUCGGUCACCGCAUGAACAUUGAGCGCGCCCUUAAACAGCUGCUGGAGAGUUGACCACGCGCCUCCCUCUGCCUGUAGCUAGUCUCAACACGGUUUACUUUUAAAUUCCUACUUUAUUUCAUUUGGGGGGGGGGUUCUUGUGAUUUCAGAGCUUUCAAGAAACACUCUAUGUUUUUUUUUUGGAAGUGACCUGAAGUUAACAGUUGGGGUUUACCAUUUUUGAAGCCUUUUAGCUGAUCUCUGGGUCUGGCAGGAGCACUUUUAGUUUAGCUUAGCAUAGAUCAUUGAAUUGGAUUAGACCAUUACCAUCUUACUCAAUAAAAAAAACUGAAAAUUAUUUUUAAUAAGCUUAAUAUUUUAAGCUUCUCGCUCAAAAAUGACCAAAUAGUUUAAACAUUUUCCUUUUUAAAGCUUGACCUUUCUGUAGUUAAAUUGUGUAUGAAGACUGACGGAGAAUUAAAAGAUGCUAUUUAUUAGGUCAGUAAGUCUAAGAACUAAUGGCCUAAUGCUAUUUAAUCACACAUGCUAAUCAGUUUACGAGUUAUCCAGAGUUAAUAGUUGGUGUUUACCAUUUUUGAAUAUUUUAAGCCAACUCCGGGUCUGGCAGGAGCACUUUUAGCUUAGCUUAGCAUAGAUCAUUGAACUGCAUUAGACCAUUAGCAUCUCACUUAAUAAUUUUCCUCCGCUAUAGUUACAUCGUGACUGAUGGAAAAUGAAAAGAUGCUAUUUAUUAGCUCAGUAAGUCUAGAAACUAUAUCGUCAUUUGGGUGUAA